GAGACGCGCAGUACGCGAGCGCUCUACGAGGCAGCCCCCCACCUCCGGCGUUUUAUGUGGCUGCCCGGUUCUCUCCCACGUGCUGCGCUCUAACCCGGAGUUAGAAGGGAAUUAGAACCCGCCUCCUCCUCCUCCAGUUUUUUGUGCUUUUCUUUUCGGAGCUACUUGAGCGGCUCUGGGACCUCAAAGAGGGCGGCGUUCUUCUUGCGUGCGCCCGCCCGGAGGCUUAGCCGGAGCGGCGGCGGCUCAAGUCAGGAGGUGGGGGAUGGCGGCUGUUUUGGAGCUUUUGCUGCAGGACGUGGUGGCGGUCGGCGCUGUGGUACGGUGGCUGAAGACAAGCCAGAGUCCCUGUCGCCCCGUGGAGGAAAACCAAGUACACCCCAAACUAGCUGCCCUUAAUUUGCUUCAGAAUGACUUUGUGCCAUUUUUGCUGAAUUACCUAAGGGAUCAAACCAGUCGGAUAUUGACUAAUGGACCAUCUACCCCUGCUAAAACUCCAAACUCCCAGCUCCUUGGGAAUUCUGCUGCUUAUAGGAACCAAAGAUCAGGAUCUGAAAGGAGCUCUCACAACAAAGCAAGGUCCAGUAGCAGUCGAGGGCUGCUUUUUUGCGAUGCAACUCCUACCAGCUUGUGCACCCUUAAUACCAGUAUUUCUGCUUCAGGAUCACAUGGCUCAUCAGCCUUCAAUGGGUCAAGUGUACUUGGGUCUUGCAGCAAUUCCAGCUCCAGCCCAAGUCUUGGUUCAAGCCCUACUUUUGCUCGUGGUGAGAGACGCUCUACUCAGAAAACAAAUCUGGGGAGUUUUCUUGUUGCUGCCCCAGUGAGGCGAGGCAGAAGAAAAGGAAACAGUUCUGCCACUGGUUCUGGCCGGCUGGUGGCACAAGACCUAGGAAGAAGCUUGAAUGAAGAAGGGAAGCAUGACAGUUCCUCAUUGGGCUCAUCAAGACAGAGGAAAUUGAGUCCUGUGCCUACCAGUUCUCCACCUGACCAGCUUAACCUGAAUGACUUUGAGGAGUUUCCACCCAUGAGUACUGCUGGAAUGAUAACCAAAAUCAAGCCAUCAAGAAGAAUCAACCCCACUCCAGUGAGUACUGAACGAUUGUUAUCCAAGCCCAAGAUGUGCUUCACGUCCACACCUGUUGGCCAGUCUCAGAGUUUUCAGUUUCAGUCUGGAAGAAGUCCUGAGGGCCUUGCUGCUUCUCCAGAAGUGAACCAGACCUCCCUUCCAGGAAGCCUUCAGGAGGAAAGGGAGAUGCUGAGGAAAGAACGGUCCAAGAUGUUGCAUUGCCCAUCUUCCCCAACAGGAUUAUCUUUGGAUUCUAGCAUGUCCAUCAGAUCUAAUGUUGGUUGGAAUGGAAACCAGUUGGUAACCUCUGCAGACAUAGCCAAGACUUCCUACAGGAAGCAGCUAGAACAACUGGCUCAGAUUUAUUCAUUUUGUAUAGCAGAAAACCUGGUGCCAAAUAUUUUUUUGGAGUUUUUCUUUGUGUUGCAGUUGUUAACAGCUAGAGGAACUUCCUUUGCAGAAGAUCAGGACAGUGACCUUGAUCUCAGUGAAGAGUAUGGAGAUGCAGUAAAGCGGCAGCACUUUUGCAGCGUACACAACUGUGUUUAUUUUGCCGUGCAGGUCUUGGAUUAUCAGUUUGAAAUUGUAUCUCAUUUAGAGAAAGGGACACUGAAACUUUUGGCUGAGAAUGACAGAAUUGCUUCCUUUUCCCCUGACUUGCACGAGCGGCUUAUGAAAGCCUGUGAAAACAGCACGGCAAAGGUUUCCCUCUUGCUGCCAUCAUGUGUGCAAUCAGUGUCCUUUCAGCCAGAAACAGACAAUCGGUCUAACUUUUCUAGUGAUAAGGCAUUUCAUGUUUUCAAGAAGCAAAGAGAUAUUUUCUACGAGUUGCUGCGUGAAUGGGAAGAUAACUGUGAAAAAACAGGCUGGGAUUUUGAGAAGUGCCUGGGAGAAAGAAUCAGGGUGAUGAUGGCUCACCUUUCAGCAGCUUGCAACUACAGCCACUUUGCAAGGCUCUUUCAGAAACAGCUUCUUCAGAUGUGUAAAGGUCCAGUAGGUGGUGGCACAAGUUGGGGAGAGACCCCAGACCAGGAUGUUCUCAACAUGCUGGGUUCAGAUAAUCUGAGCCGAUUGAAGAGACUGCAAGAGAGAUUCUUCGUUCCUCAGAGUAUCAGAGGGCCUUGCCCGCCACCUUCCUUCCCCGGAUGUCAGCAAUUCUUCAGGGACUUCAUCCUCAGUGCAAGAAGCUACCAAUUUAAUCAGCAUUUGAUGGACAGUUUGUGUCUGCAAAUACUUGAGCUGGAUGGCCUUUCUUUGGUGGAACACGAACCCAGUGAUGGAGAUGCAAUGGAUGAGCAGGAUGAAAAGAAGCGCUUUGCUGCAGCCCUUAUGAGCCUCCGACUCCUGGCAAAGUUUUUUGGAUUCCUUGUCUUCCUGCCUUACUGCACGUCAGAGCCAGCAACUGGAGACCUGCUGGAGUCUGCAGUAAUGUUAAGGAACCAAACCCAUCCUGUGCUGGAUAUAUUGAAGCUGCUGAAGCAAUCAAUUCAGAAACGGCGCACAGUGUUGACUGUACCUUGGGCUGUAGAGUUCCUUUCCCUAAUGGAUUAUAUUGCCCCAUUUCUUGACUAUUAUGAGAAGAUAUUUGCUCUACUCUUGCAAUUGUACAGAUGUCUAUUACUGUCUGGAGAUAAAGAGAUGUGUUUCCUAAAUAAGCUACUGAUCCUUGCAGUUUUGGGGUGGCUUUUUCAGGUGCCUACCGUUCCAGAACACUUAUUCUUUGCUGGCAAAGUGAGAUCAGAAGAAUUGAGAGCACACCCUGGAACAACCGCUCAAUCUCUGGACUCUGUGCCUUUGGUGGAUCAGCAGUUGCUUUAUACAUGUUGUCCAUAUCUUGGUGAGUUGAGAAAACUCCUGUCAUCUUUUGUGUUGGGAAGUGGCAUAAAGAAUGGUGGUUAUGUAAGAAAAAUAACUCCAACUGCUGCAGAAGCCUUGGCCCAAAAGCCUUCCAUCACUCAGCAGAAACUCCAGGCAGAGCUGGAGCACGCCUUCUUCCACAAUCAGUCCCCAUCUCUACGGAAAACAGUAGAAUUUGUGGCAGAGAGAAUAGGAUCAAAUUGUGUCAAGCACAUCAAGGCAACCCUGGUAGCAGAGCUGGUGAAAAAAGCCGAAGUUAUAUUACAAGAAAACAUGAAGAUAGAAGAGGUGAAUCAUGACAAACUGCUGGAUGAGGUGUGCUCUCAGCUGUAUGAAGAAGGGACACAAGCUCUUAUUCAAGGCAAAGAAUUUUGCAGGAAGAAGAGCCCCGAGGCUGUAAAAAUCCUACUGCCUGAAGAGACAUCUGCAGCAGUUUUGAGCUGUGCGGCAAAUAUCGCAGUGGGGCUAGCUACCGAAAAGGCCUGUGCUUGGCUCUCCACCAAUAUCACAGCCUUGAUAAGGAGAGAAGUAAAAGCCACCUUUAGUCGCAUGCUGAAAGCUCAAGUGCACACCUUGCCUGGUACCACUGAAGACAUACAGAGGAGGAAGAGCUGCCCCGCAGACUGCCAACAUCAGGCUGCAUUCCCCUCCCAGAUCAUCAGUGAAAUCAAGGAUCUGCUCUGCAUAGCUGUGGGUCCAAGGGACAGCGAUGAAGAAAUCCAGUAUGUUGACCUGGAAAGUCUGUUGGGAAGGCUGAGCCAAACACUUCAAUGCAGAAAGUUUAUGUGCCCAGCAUCAGAGCAACAGCUGGCUAAGUGCACUGUAGAGCUGGUUUCCCUCCUAGUUUCAGAUCGUGUUCCUAUCCAGGGGUUGUCGUUUCAAGCUCAAAAGGAGGAGCAACAGCUAGCAAAGAAUAAUCUAAUUUCUCACCUUCUGAAGUCCUUGCUCUCCAUCUGGAAGGAAGACUUUCAGGCACCUGUACCAUUACACCUGAUCUUCAGUAGGAAAAACACUGCUUACUUUGCAGAAAAUAAACAACACAAGUGGGACUUGUUCUUGUUCACGCUUCAUGGACUUGUUGAGCAUGGCUUAAUGACUGAUAUGGAGAUCCAGAACUGUCUGCAUGGACUUCAGGAAUCCCCAUGGCCUUCGGACUUCUCCAAGACACUAGAUGCUUUGUUAAGAAUAUUCAUUUCUGAGAAAUGUGUUGCAGAACCAAAGACUCUGUCUUGUGAAGUGGUGGAACAAUCCAGAGAGGCGUUGGCAGCACAAAGCUAGCAGAUGCAUGGUUUUUAAAUGUUGCUGGAAUUGCUCAUGGCUGCUGCCACUGUGGUUGCACUCAAGCAUUCGUACGGGAGCUUCACUUUGUCCACAUCUUAAGGUGAAACACACACCAUUUCAAGAAAAGCCAUUUUAAGCACCUUAGUAGGCAUUUCAAGGGUAAAUACAUUUUUUAAAAAAGCAUAAAUGAGAUCUGUAUGAAAACAUAGGGGUUUGACCUGAAAACAAACCUGUAAUCUUGUACACAUGUGUAAAAUAUAGGUGGAGGGGCAGAUUCAUGAGGUUCUCACUCUUGUUCAAGUAAAGUAAAUGUGCAGCCUUAACAACAGGAGCACCCCAGUGUGAGACUGAUAUUUAAUGUUUAUCAAGAGCUUAUCUUUGAUUUUUAAACAUAUUUUUAAAAGGUAAAACUGCAUCUUAAAAAUAUAAUCACAGAUUUCAAGCAGCAGUUGGACUUUUUUUUUUUUUUUUUUAAGAAAAGCCUGCUUGUCCUUUGCAAAAGGUACCUUUUUGUAUUUUUGGUUUUCUACUGAUGGGGGAAGACAGUAUUAAGCAGUGGCAGUGCUUCAUUUUAAACUGUGAAGUACUUGCUGUUGAAAAAUAGAUUGGCUUUAAAUAUGAGAACAGCAGAACUUGAAAAGUAUUUUUUUCCAGGAUGACAUCCUCAUGUUUUAAGAGGACAGCCUUUUCCCAUGAGUGAUGUAGUACUUGGUUAGACUGCCUUUUAAAAGAGCAUGGUCAAGGAACCCCAAACAUACCUCAGUAUUUGGCACUGAGUGUCAAGAUCAGUUUUUCCUCCCCCCUCCCCCCCAACAAUACAGUAACAUUUUUGUUCAGGAAUCCUGCUAGGGUUAUUUGAUUAACUAGAAAGAACUUGUACAUGCCCCAAACAUUCUUCCUUCAUCCUGCUUGUAGCUGAUUGGAAACAGAUUUAUUGGAAGAUCUCUAGGAGAGGUAAACCUCAGAGUAAGAUCAUCAGUCUUUGUUUGAAUAUUGUCAUUCUGAUCUAAGGAAUUACUGUCAAAAAAUUAUGGAAAACUUAAAUUGAGGUGCCCUAAUAAAUGAGUGGAUAAGCUGUAAUGAAGCUAUUAGCCAAGUCUUAUAUGUCUCCUGCUCUUACAACAAUUCCAUGUGACUAUAACUUCUCCUUAGUUGCAAUGGUGCACGUUCCAUGGUAUUUCAUUUCAAAGUACAGGCUUUUUGCUCCUGCCUGUGGUUCUAUGCAGAAGAGUUUGUAAUAUUGACAGUGUGAGUUGGGGACUGGCCCAUGUAGUGAAAUGGCUUGGUACAUAAUCCAGGAUGGAUGAAAAAUGAAUACAGCUUUCAACCUAUUUCUUUAUCAAAAUUAUUUAUUGGGAGGAUAUGAAAAUAGCAAUCUUGAUUAAAAGCAGAUAUGGGCUAAAGGCAUGGUACAGGAACAGUGUAUUCUUGCGUGCUCAGUUAAAGGAUUCACAGAAAAUAGGUUUUCGUCCAUUUCAAGACUAUUCUUUCCAUUCUACGCAUUCACAGGUACCGUAGUGUUAUAGGCGCAAAAGAAAACAUUUAUUAUAUAAAUAGUACUUUGAAGUAUCAAUUAUUUCUAAAAAGCAUACAUUAAUUGAAUACGUGUAAAAAUAAUAAUUAGCUUUAGCAUAUAAAACCACUUCAAAAUAAGUAUAUAUAAAUAACUUAAUUUGUAAACAUAGAAAAAAAAUUGUAUGCAAUUAUAAAAAUAAACAUCUGAUGCAUUUUACAGUAAGACUAACCUUCAGUAGGCACCAUCUGUUGUUAAAAGUCCACCUUAGAUGAUGUUCCUGCUAACACCAUUUGGUUUUAUUAAGAGUGCCAUGUCCCCAAAAUAAAGGGAAAAAUAAACUAAUACAGCAAGUAUUCAGCCAGUGAUCAUUGGAAAUAUCUCCUAAAAUCAAUUGCUAGUUCUUACCUUAAAUUAUGUGAUUGCUGUUACUGUGGGUAAUUUAAAAAAAUCUCCUGCCCACCUCCCAUCCCCCAAAUAACAUUCAUAGAUUCACAGUGCUGGUUUUCCUGACGCUGCAAGUUAUUUUUGUAUUUUGUAGUCUCACUUGGCACAUUACCACACUGUGUUUUGUCAGCCACCAGAUGGAACUUCUGUGCUUUGAUUUCUUGAUGUGUUAGAUAGAUUCAGUUGGGUUAGCCAAUCCUAACCCAAUCCUAUCCCUGUUUAUUCAAAAGUGAAUCCUACUGUAUUCAAAGGAACCAACUCCUAAGUGAAUGUUUAUUAGAUUGUAGUCUCAGUUGUGCUGCCAAUUGCUGUAGACAGUCUCCAGCUAAAUCAGAUCGGUCAAUUGUGAAGUAGAAUAAACUCGAUUUAAAAACAAAACCAAAAAAAUGGGAUUCCAGCCCCAUCCAAAAUUAGAAGACACUUCCACAUGCUUCUGGGAAAGUAGUUUUCCCAGUAUGGAAACACCAUAGUUUCCAUGUACAAACAUUUGGACCUUUAAAUUUAAAUAUAUCACAUACCAACAAUGACUACAAACAGUUGCAUCUUUUCAUCCUUCUCUCAAACAGGUUUAGUCAUUAAUUCAUUUAUAUGGGGAACACAAUAGUUAUAAUAUAGCUCUCAGUAAUCAUCACUGAAUUAUCACAGGAGUGGUGCAGCAAAGGUAAUAAAAGGAGCUCACAAUUUUAUUUUUUUGAAUUACUUCAUAUGUUGCAAAUAAGUGACUUGCUCCACUAAAGCACUGCAGGUGGGAUACUAAGUUCAAGAAGCAGGUUUCUAAUAAACACAGACUGGCAGAAAAUGAUGCAGUAGCUAUCAGUAAUAGGAUGUUAUACUACUUGGCUUGUAAAAGUAUUUUUAGAAACAACUUGAAUCAAUACCCUACCUCUUUACAUGAAUAAAACAUGCUUUUACACACUAGUUUAUAGCAAGGGUGGGAAAAGAGAAUGUUAAUGCUGCGCCUUCACUCAUACAAAUGGUACACAUCAAAGUAAUUUAUUUGCUAUGGGAUUUGAUUGCUACAGUGAACCAGAUACUGAGGUGCAGAGCUGCAGUUACAAAGUGGAAGAAAUGGAUCAUGUGGAAUACCAAUAAAUGUGUGUGUGGGGGAUUAAGAGCAGAGACAGGGAACACUGAUCAAUGCAUGAAACACUCUUACUCACCCAUAGACUAAUUUCAACCUGAUAGAGUAAAGCCGUUCAUGGAGUUACCCUGCUCUAAGCUUAUUUUCAUGCUAACUUAUCCUGCUGCUCUUCCAGUAGAAGAGUUUGGAAUCCAGUAGCUGCACUAGAUGCUCGUCCAGAAGCCCCACUUAUGAACUUACAGAGCAGUUCUUUCUAUGCAGCAAAGAAGUGCCUGUGCUCUCCCCACUUGGCUUAUCCCGUUUCACUUGGGUUUGUGGUGUAGUGAUUCUGUAGGAUAUUAGGUCUCUACCUGAGUGUUGUUUCUGGCAGGGAACAAAGCAGUGACUACCUCACAUCUUGACAGGAGUGAUCACUUCAAAGCUAAUUUUAAACGCUUAGAUGUCAGCACACAUCUUGACAGGGCUGAAAAACUCUCCAACCAGUAAGCUGACUUCGUUCAAUUAUUACAAUGAAUUCAUUUAUAAGCACCCUUUUGGUUAGAUGCUCUGGAAAGAGCAUUACAGUUUUGCUUCCAUUGUGCAGU